AUGUAUGGAAGCGUUGAGGUGAUACUUCACAAACAGAAGUACGCCUCAUUGGGGAUAACUGUCUCCGGGGGUGUCGACCGUGGCUACCCUCCACGCAUCACCGCCAUCAAGCCCGGAUCCAUAGCUGACAAAAGCGACUGCAUCCUUGUCAACGAUGUGAUAAAGGCAAUAAAUAGUGCAGUGACCGCCAAUUACACUCAUGAACAAAUUGUCAAACUUACGAAAAAUGCAGAUACUACCAUUCGUUUGGAAUUGGAAUACGUUCUCACUGAUUUUGUGAAGGCGGCCACCACGAAGUAUGCCUUCAUUCAUUUGGAACCGGCCAAUGAGUCAUUUGGAAUAACAGUUCGUGGUGGACUUUCUCACGUGGGAAACGGAGCAUUUCCGCUUGUCAUUUGUAGGAUUCGACCCAAUAGUUGUGCUGAUUUAAAUGGCUGCCUUAAACAAGGUGACCGAAUUUUGGCGAUUGACGGUGUACAGACGUGUGGACUGACCUGUGAGGAGUCUAUGAAACUCCUUGCCUGCUGUCGCAGUGGCAAAUCCCUUUUCAUUGAAUACGAUGUCGCAGAUAUUGGUGGUAAGGGGAGAAAGGAAAGGAGGCAAAAAAGUACAUUUGCAUGGUUUGCCUUGUUUAAGCUAAGAAGACAUCGUGGUACGCACACCUGUCAACAGAGGUCAUUCGAGCACACAGCCACAUAG